AUGUCUUCUCGCCUUCUACACCCUGACGAGUACGAGCUCGCGUCCCGCUCUUCGAGUGACUCUGAUGGGACCUUCAACCUAGAUGAUGCCGAUUUCGAAGCUCAGGUGCCUUCUUUCUCCCGCAUCCAUAGAGCCGCAGCGGGCCGAUUCUCAUGGCUGCGUGGCAUCUUUUCAACUCCCUUAAAUCGCUAUCGCCGCCUGAAAACCAAUUCACGACCCACCUUGAGAUCCUCGUCGCGCCCAUGCCUUCCGCGCAUCUUUUUUCGUCGCCGAUGCUGUUACCUUCACGUCAUUUUUGGAAUCAUUCUCGCCCUCGUUCUUUUGACCUCCAUCUUUCGCCCGUCCUAUACAAACCCACCUGCGCAUUACGCCACUCUUCGUGCAUCUGCACGGGGUACGAAUCAUGCUGGUCGCGGAAACCCUCGCAACGAAAAAGUCUUUAUCGCAGCCAGCUUAUAUGAUCGGGGUGGCGAGCUCGCUGGAGGUCAGUGGGGAAUUCAGCUACUCCAGUUAGUUGAUAUGCUCGGCGAUCAGAAUGUGUUCGUGAGCAUCUACGAGAACGAUAGCGGAGCGGAAGGGGAAAGCGCACUACGCGAACUGGAGAAGCAGAUUUCUAGCCGCAAAGAGAUUGUCUUCCAGGAGCAUCUGGAUCCCAAAAGUCUACCAACCAUUACCAUCCCGGGCGGCGAUCAACGAGUCAAGCGCAUCGAGUAUCUAGCGCAAGUCCGAAACAAAGCUUUAAAGCCUCUUACCGACGAUCCUAACACUCAUUACGACAAACUCCUCUACUUGAACGACAUCCUCUUCGAUCCAGUCGACGCCCUUCAGCUAUUAUUCUCAACCAAUGUCAAUGAAGAUGGCGUGGCUAACUACCGUGCCGCCUGCGCCGUUGACUUUGAUAAUCCUUUUAAGUUUUACGAUACAUAUGCUACCCGGGACCUCCAAGGAUACAGCAUGGGCCUUCCAUUCUACCCCUGGUUUUCAACGGCUGGUAACGGUGACAGCCGAAGGGACGUUCUUCAAGGAAAGGACGCUGUGCGUGUCCGUAGCUGCUGGGGUGGCAUGGUUGCCUUCGAUGCAAAAUACUUCCAAAGUCCACUUCCCGAAAGCACCUCUCCAGCACGCUUCCGAUCAGGCGCGGAUAUGUUUUGGGAAGCAUCUGAAUGCUGCUUGAUACAUGCGGACAUUCAAGACCCUCAGACCAAUGUAGAUGCGAUUACAGAGACGGGCAUCUACAUGAAUCCUUUUGUUCGGGUCGCGUACGAUUCCCGGACACUCUCUUGGCUUGGUGUGACGAGGAGGUUUGAGAAACUCUAUACCUUCCUACACAACCUGGGUAAUCAUUUGGUUGGCCUUCCCUGGUAUAAUCCUCGGCGAAUCGAGGGGCCAGGGCAAAGUGUGCAAGAGACCGUUUGGGUCCCUGAUGUUGCCCAGGUCGGCGGCGGGUCUUUCCAAGUGAUUGACCGCAUCGCUGGCAAUGACGGGUAUUGCGGCCGUCGAGGCUUGCAGGUAAUUGUCGAAGACCGAAAGCCUGGACAGAAAGGUUUCGAGAGUAUUCCUGUGCCACCGAUCUAA